CAGAUAUCCUCUCAUCGGAAGAAAAAUCAGUUGAGAAAAAAAAAAAAAAAACCAAGAGAAAGAGAUGGCGUCGGCGAUUGUGAGAUCCAGUAUUGGAAGAGCUCUCCGCGGUGGGCCGCGCGUGAAUCCCACGAGAUCAUUCUCCUCCGGUGCAUCCGUUGAAGAAGAAGCUCGUGAGGCAUCUAAAUGGGAGAAAAUAACAUAUGUCGGAAUCGUCGCAUGCUCGGUUCUUGCUUUUGUUAACCUUUCCAAGGGUCAUCCUCAUUUCGAUGAACCCCCUGCGUAUCCAUACUUGCACAUUCGUAACAAGGAGUUUCCAUGGGGACCUGAUGGCCUUUUUGAAGUCAAGGAACACCACUAAAGUCCCAUUUGACAAUUUGGACGUCAUUCAGAAUAACGAUUUGCGUGUUUCCGUUUCAUUUAGUUUAAAUUUGUUAUUUUGCUGUCUGGAUCUCGUUAAGGUGGUACUUGUAUUUUACUUUGCAAGGGAUUGUUUCUUGUUUCUUUGCCUCUGACGGGCAAAUAAGAGCUUGUGAAUACCAAUUGAUUCAUCA